AAUAUAAUAACCUCAAAAAAUAAAUAUAUUUCCGAUUAUGGCUUACCAUAUGUACUACAUACGUCAUUAUCUAUAUGUUGAUUAGAUCCCGUUUGCCAAAAAGAACCCAGACAUGAAAAAUUUUCGCUCUAAUUCUUUGGUUUCUUGUGUUGGUUUUCUUGCUACCAUAAAGAAAAAACCUUUCGUAAAAUUUUCCUCCGCUUUAUUAACUCAGCGUAUAAUGGCUACUAAUACGAAAAUCUCUAGCGACAAUAAGCAACUUAUUAAAAGAUCUGAUAAAAUUGCACAUUUUAAACAAGAUGUAUGGUCUAUUUUUACUCCCUUGGCUCAGCAAUUCAAUGCAGCGAAUUUAGGGCAAGGCUUUAUGGAUUUUCCUCCACCAGAUUUUGUAAUAGAAGCUGCAAAUAGAGCAAUUAAUAAUCGGAAUGAUCAUCAAUAUAGUCCUCCUAAGGGUCGAGCAAAUCUAAAAAGUAUUUUAGCGAAGUCAUAUAGUCCUUUGUUUAAACGAACAUUAGAUCCUGAUUCAGAAAUUCUUCCCACCGCGGGAGCAAAUGAAGGUUUAUACGCAAUCUUCGCUGCAUUUUUGGAUCCGGGAGAUGAAGUUAUUCUAAUUGAACCAUUUUUUGAUCAAUAUAUUGCUAAUAUCACCAUGAAUGGUGGUGUUCCGGUCUAUGUCCCGUUAAGGCCUAUGGGUGACACAAAUAAAAUCAUGUCAUCAAGAGACUGGAAGUUAGACAUUAAUGAACUUCGAUCAAAAAUUACAUCGAAAAGCAAAAUCAUUGUUUUUAACACUCCGCAUAAUCCUGUGGGCAAAGUCUUUUCAAUAGAAGAAAUGGCAGAAAUAAAUAAAUUGGCCGAAGAAUUUAAUUUGAUGAUCAUAAGUGAUGAAGUGUAUGAUCGACUCUAUUAUGAUCCUGAUGUUCAUGAGCGAAUUGCUAAUCUUCCUGGUGCAUGGGAACGUACCAUCACCGUUGGCAGUGGUGGCAAAACUUUUGGCACGACUGGAUGGCGCAUUGGUUGGUUGAUUGGACCAAAACACUUGAUAGGAGCUGCCUUAUCCGCACAGACCAGAAUCGUCUUUUGUGUCAAUACACCGCUUCAGGAAGCACUUGCCAUUUCAUUUGAUUUAGCUGAAACAAAUAAUUAUUUUGAGAAUACUAUUGGAGAAUAUACACGUAGACGCGAAAAAUUGAUGAAAGCAUUAACGGAUGUUGGACUUCCCUAUACUAUUCCUCAAGGGAGUUAUUUUAUACUUGCAAAUACUGCAAAAGUCAAGAUUCCUGAAGAUUAUCCAUAUCCAGAUGUUAUUUUACAACGUCCUAGAGAUUUUAAGGUAUGUUACUGGAUGGCAAAGGAAAUUGGGGUAGUGGCGAUUCCUCCAAGUGAGUUUUAUUGUGAGGAAAAUGCACAUCUUGCUGAAAACUUUAUUAGAUUGGCAUUUUGCAAAACUGAUAAAACAUUAGACGAAGCUGCUAAAAAUUUACAAAAAUUGAAGAAAUAUAUCGAAGAAUAAUAAAUUAAUAAAAUUUUUGGUCUAAAGUAAUUGU